AUGCAGCUGAGGAAGAUGCAGGCUGUCAAGAAGGAGCAGGCCGCUCCGGACGCCAGCUGCAGCGUGGACAAGGCGGUGAUGCUCAGCUCGGCCUUGACCGAGGUCUCCGAGGACUUGUCGCCGGGAGAGGAGCUGCUCCUGGGUGAGGGGAGCGUGGGGAAAGGCAAGGCCUCCGCGUGCCGGAGGAAGCGGGAGUUCAUCCCCGACGACAAGAAAGACGCCAUGUACUGGGAGAAGAGGCGGAAAAAUAACGAGGCUGCCAAGAGGUCACGGGAGAAGCGCCGGCUGAACGACCUGGUCUUGGAGAACAAGCUGAUUGCUCUGGGAGAGGAAAAUGCCACUUUGAAAGCCGAGCUGCUUUCCCUGAAACUGAAGUUUGGUUUAAUUAGCUCCACGGUGUAUGCCCAGGAGAUCCAAAAGCUCAGUAACUCCGCAGCCGUGUAUUUCCAGGACUACCAGGCCCCGGCCGGCGGGGGCGCCUUCCCUGAGGAGCCGGCGGCCAGCGGCUGCAUCUCCGUCAUCAAGCACUCCCCGCAGGGCGCGCUGGACGGCGCCGGGGGCUCCCUGGAGCACAGGCAGGAGGGCGCCGCGCGGAGCCAGAGCGGCUGCCCCAGCCCCGCCGGCAAGCUGCAGGCCAUCAAGCAGGAGCCGGUGGAGCUGGAGAGCUACGCCCGCGAGCCCCGGGACGACCACGGCGUCUACCGCGCGGCGGCCGUGUAUCAGAACUACGUGGGCAGCUCCUUCCCCGGCUACUCGCACUCCCCGCCCCUCCUGCAGGCCAGCCCGUCUUCCAGCAACUCCCCGAGGACGUCGGAGGCCGAGGACAGCGCCGUGGGCAAGUCCUCGGACGGAGAGGAUGAGCAGCAGGUUCCCAAAGGCCCCAUCCACUCUCCCCUGGAGCUGCAGCACGGACACGCCGCGGUGGUCAAAGUCCCAGAAGCCUCCGCUUUGCCGCACAAGCUCCGCAUCAAAGCCAAAGCCAUGCAGGUAAAAGUAGAGGCGCUGGACGCUGAGUUUGAGGCCGCCCACAAACUCCCCUCGCCUGUUGGCAGGACGGCCCAGAGGCAUUUCGGACUCGAGAAGCUCAGCGCCCCGAGUGCGGCCCCCCCGCCCCUCACUCCUUUCUCAGUGCAGGUGACCAACAUCCAAGACUGGUCUCUCCGGGCGGAACACUGGCAUCAGAAAGAGCUUGUGGGCAAAACUCAGAGUAGUUUCAAAACUGGAGUUGUUGAAAUGAAAGACACUGGCUACCAAGUUUCCGACCCAGAGAGCUUGUUUUUGAAGCAGGGCAUGGCAAACUUGUCUGCAGAGGUGGUCUCGCUGAAGAGACUCAUAGCCACACACCAGAUCUCUGCUUCCGACUCGGGGUGA